AUCUAUAAAAGAAUUCCGGUCGCUUUUUUGGGUUAGACUUGAGCAUAUGCCAGUCAGGAUGCUGAUUCUAAUCGUCUGCUCGCUGGUCCUUCAGACUAUCUCAGCACAACCACAGGCCAUCUACCCGAUUUUUCCGUCAGUAGGUGCAAGUCUUGGCUUUAAUGGAAACAUUCAGGCCAGCCCAGUUGAGCUACCUGCCGUCUCCUACAUCUUCGAUCAGUACCCCGUGCAAGCAGUAUAUGGGGCGUUUGGUGGUUUAGACAACUUGUUCGGCAGCCAAGUUUACUACACAGGCGGGGCCUCGGGGGGCGCCACGGCGUACGGCGCUAACGGCCUCCCCUUGUACCCGCCCCCGUACUACCCCUGGAACCGGCCCGGCAACAACACCAACAGGAACUGGAACCACCACAUUAACAUCAACGGCACCGAUAGUUGGGACGGACGGACGGGGAUUUACAAACUACCCAACAACGAUAGCGUGCUGUGUACUACGGUCAAGGAAAUACUAACAGGGGUCGCUGGCCUAUUAGGUGGUGACAAAGGGGGUCUUUUGGGUGGGCUAUUAGGUGGUAGCAAAGGGGGUCUUUUGGGUGCGUUAUUAGGUGGAGGUUCGGACGACCAACCAUCCCAGAAAAGUGGAAACCCUGACACCAGCAACCAGCAACCCCAGAGAGGCUCGAACCCUGGUCAGAGCUUCCAGCCUUACAGGGGCGUAUACCCAGCCCCGCCCCUCCCUGUACAUGCUGGCGGCCAGGCCUGGACUGGGUUCGGACGUUAAGACACGACCAGGGAGAGGACAAGUUGCAUCCCUUGUAGUGAUUGUCGUGGGAGGUGAACCUCAGAAUACAAUCUUGGAAUAAAGACAUUUUGUAAACCAA